GAAUGUGGCUAUUAUGAGGAUAGGGGAUUAUGAUGGUGGCCAGAACCCAGUAGAGCCAAAUGUUAUUGUCUCAAAAUAUGUCCUCUGGCCCUAGUCGGCAGCGCUGUGGUUAUCUGGAUGGCGACAGAGGACAGAGAGGUGAUGGAAGCCCGAGGGGCAGGAGAAAGUUGCCCCACCCUCUCCAAGGUGGCACCUGGUGAAAAUACACCUGAAGGGAAGUCAAAGGCUCCUUUGGAUGCAGAACCUCCAAAGCUAGAACAGCCCACCCUGGAAGAGAAUGGAAUCUGUGAGGACAGAGAUUGCCCAGGGCCCCCUAAGUCACUGUCCCCAAAGUCUGGCCCUACCACCAAGGGUCAGGCUGGUGACGGACCUGGAGCAGAACCCAGGGAGCUGCCCCUGACCCUGGAGACAGAACACCACAAUGCAAUGGAGCUGGAGAAGGUGCGCAUGGAGUUUGAGCUGACCCGCCUCAAGUAUCUUCACCAGGAGAAUGAGCGGCAGCGGCAGCAUGAGGAGGUGAUGGAGCAGCUGCAGCAGCAGCAGCAGGCUUUGCCUCGACAGUUCUCAGGAGGCCUCCAGGACCUCCUGCUCCCCCAGAACCAGUUUGCCAUGUUCCUGUACUGCUUCAUCUUCAUCCACAUCAUCUACGUUGCCAAGGAGAUGGUCUUCUUUCUCUUCUCCAAGCAUUACCUGUUCUGCCUUGCGGCCAUCUUGCUGUGUUUGAUUAAAACCCUGUGGUCCUACUUCCAAGUGCCUUUGCUUCUUCAUCACCGCAAUGUUGUCCAUCCAUCUGUCCGUCCGUGCAUCACCAGACUCCUCCCCUCCCAUGGCAACCUGGCUCAGUGGCGCAGCUGCCAGCUGCUGACACCUAAGUGUGAAGACACUUGGCCUCAAGCCUGCUUCUCACUGGGAUGA